AUGACACGCAAUGACCCUGAGGAUACAUAUACAUUACUCGAGAAACUCGGAACUGGGUCAUUUGGAACCGUAUACAAAGCCAUAAACAAUGAAACGAAAAGGAUCGUUGCAAUAAAGCAAAUUGAUCUCGAAGACUCUGAUGAUGAUAUAUCAGAGAUUCAACAAGAAAUAGCUCUCCUCUCCCAAUGUGACAGCCAAUAUAUCACUCGAUAUUAUGGUUCAUUUGUUAAGGGGUUUAAAUUAUGGAUUGUAAUGGAAUACUUAUCAGGUGGAUCCUGUCUGGAUCUAUUAAAGCCAGGAACGUUUGAUGAGCAGCAGAUUGCUAUUGUAUGCAGAGAGUUAUUGCUUGGACUGGACUAUUUGCACCGCGGGGGGAAAAUCCACAGAGAUAUCAAAGCCGCAAAUAUUCUGCUCUCGGCUGAAGGAAAAGUCAAACUCGCGGAUUUCGGUGUUGCUGCUCAGUUGUCUAAUAAUAAGAGCAAGCGUAACACAUUUGUCGGAACUCCUUUCUGGAUGGCACCAGAAGCAGAUAUCUGGUCUCUUGGCAUAACGGCGAUGGAGCUAGCAAAGGGAGAACCACCAUUGGCAGAAUAUCACCCAAUGCGAGUUCUCUUCCUUAUCCCUAAAGCUAAACCGCCGGUAUUAGAUGGUCCAUUUUCAGCCGCAUUCAAAGAUUUUAUUUCUUUGUGUUUAACGAAAAAGCCAGAAAAUCGUCCAACAGCAGAAGAGCUUCUUCGCCAUCGAUUUAUAAAAUCAGCUCGUCAAACGACAUACCUCCAAGAUCUAAUAGACCGACUAGCAGAAUGGAGAGCGCGUGGUCCAGCAAGAGAAGAAUCUUUAUACACACCAACAGUCAUAAUUAAUAAUCGUGAUAAUCCAACGUGGAUUUUUGACACAACACGCAGUCAAGUAUCUGUUAAAUCAGUAACGAGCGAUGGCUCUAGCACUGGCAUAUUCGAAUAUGAAGAAUCCGUUCACACUCAUCUGGAAAACGGCACCUUGUCAUCUACUACCUCAUCUAUUUCUUCAUCUACUUCCUCAUCCAUUUCUUCAUCCACUUCCUCAUCCAUUUCUUCGUCCAACUCGACUGUAAGACUAGCGGCACUCGAUCGACAGGGAGGCGUAGCUAUGGCUGCUCGGGCUGGUAUUAUGCCAAACCAUCGUGUUAACAAUAAUCCUAUCACACUUGAUGCUCCGACGAACAAUUCUAUUCAAGCACGAUCCGGAUCGGGUACGUUACGUCCUCCUAGACAGUUUAGUCUAGGGGGAAGUUCAAAUUCGGGGAGUUCGCUCUCGUCGUAUCCUCGAAGUGUACAGAUUGCAAUGCCCGAGACUAGAGAGGGGUUUGCUGGGAGGCAGUUGGUGCAGGAAGUUGUUAUUCCAGCCAUUGCUGCAGUAAAGGCUAAUGAAUUGAGGGCAUCUGAACUUGAGGCGUUGAGUAUGCUUGAGAAAGGAGUUGAGGAUUUGGAUCACAUUAACCCCGAGUUGGUACUUAAUGUCGUUAGCGAGAUGCUGUCUAGGAUCAAACUUAAUGAACAAUUGUCCAACAAUCUGAGCGAUCUUGGAAUUCUUCCGACUAAUGCAUUCGCCACAGCGCAAAGUCAAUUUCCACCCACCCCUACAGAAUCUUCUGUCACAUCUGGGAGCAGUAAUGACGUUGCUGAAGCAUCGCUAUCGUUUAUGGACGCUGAGAGCAUUGAAAAGAGCGAGUUAUCCAGUCCACCAGAUAAGCCGCCCAAAUCACCUAUAACGGAACUGUUAUUCUCGAAAUGGAUCGAGCCAUUAAAACAGAAGUGGUCAUGA